GUCUUCUCCCAACUUCCCGUUAGCUUCAGCUUCACUGUAUUUCCUUGAGCAAAACACGGCCCUUUCCCCUUUUCUAUCCUUCACUCUCUCUCUAUAUGUAUAUCUCUUUCUCACUCUAUAUUAUACUAUUAUACUGUACACGUACAAUUAUUGUCAUGUAUAUGAUCAUACGGAAUAUGCGACGCCCGAUUCUUGAGCUCCAAUCACCAAUCUCCUCCGCUCCUCCCUCACUUCCCCUGAACCAAUUUCUGCCCCGCCGCCGUCCCUCUCCUUGAAUUCAUCUGCGGCGGUGCCGUGGUGGUGGCUGGAAAGCCUGGAAUGGCAGUUUAUACAGACGUUGAGGCCGUGCUUGGAUUUCUUAAGAAGAAUGGGUUUACCCAGUCUGAGUUUGCUUUGAAGGAAGACAUCGUGGAGAGAUCCCGAUUGGGUGGUUCAUUUGAUUUCCAGAGGGUAUUCUUUCCCGUGGCGCCGCCGCCUUCUGAGCUCAAGAUUCCGCCCACCCAGAGGACUGAGGAGGUUUCCGGUGGUGGGUUUGGUGGAAGUGGUAAUCAAAGCCCCCAUUCGUCUGAGGAUGAGUUUAUAAGCUUGGGUUCUUCAACCACAGAGCUCUGUUCAUCUGAGUUCACAAAUCCAUAUGGAAUACGUUGUGACGCAUAUCCGAGCUCUCAAGCAUCAUCUGAUAGAAUGUCACAGUUUGGGACAGCACGAGACUAUCAUGAUUUCGAUAUGCAAAAUGACAGUUUCUGGUACAAGGAAAAAGAUGAAGAUUAUUCCAUGCCGCCUGAUUUUGGAGGCUCAGAUUUUGCUUCUGUCCCUAGUGAGGAUAAAUUUGUUAUGACCUUAGGCUCGGGGAAUCAUCAUAAUGAGGACACUAAAGAUAAAUUUCCAAAUGAAAGUGACUUUUUUUAUAAAUGUGUGGAAGAUGAAGGAAAUGUUCGAAAGAGUGAAGAACUUUGUGCAGAUUACAGAUGUUCCUCCCCCCUUUGUGCUUGCUGUGGUGGCACAGGAGCAGUCUAUACAGAGGACCUUAGCGACUAUGGUGUUGUGGAUCUGAAGUUAACCAAUGAAAAGGAUUUGAUCCAGGAAAAAUCUGGAGAAGAAAGAAGCAUCGAAAAUGAAAGCAUUAACUCCAUUACAAAAAAGAAUUCAACUUACAGCUCCGACAAAGAAUUUGAUGGAGAACCAAAAGAAGCUGAUUUAGAAGCAGAUGAAGAAGGCGAUCCUGCUAUCGAUGAGCUUCAAAUGUUUGAUACCAGCGAGGAUGAAUUUCAAACAUUCGAUCUUAGAAUUAUACACCGAAGAAACAGGUUCUUUUGUAGCAAACAGUUGUACUUAUAUUAUAUGCCAUCAUCCACAGGACAGGAUUUGAGGAGAACAAGGACAUCCCUAUAGUUCUUAACAGUAUCGUCGCGGGUAGAUAUCAUGUAACGGAGUACCUCGGUUCAGCCACCUUCAGCAAAGUUUUUCAGGCACAUGAUCUUCACUCUGGAGUAGAUGUUUGCUUGAAGAUAAUAAAAAAUGACAAGGACUGCUUUGAUCAGAGCUUGGAUGAAAUCAAACUUCUGAAGAUUGUAAACCAGCAUGAUCCUGGUGAUGAACGCCAUAUAUUACGCCUCUAUGAUUACUUUUACUAUCAGGAGCAUCUCUUCAUUGUUUGUGAGCUUUUGCGAGCUGACUUGUAUGAGUUUGAGAAAUACAAUCGAGAAUGUGAGAGUGAACCAUAUUUUACAAUGUUAAAGCUAAAGGCUAUAGCACGGCAGUGCCUCGUGGCUCUGGAGUAUUUGCACAGUUUGGGGAUCAUCCACUGCGAUCUAAAGCCUGAAAAUAUCCUCAUCAAAAGUUUUAAGAAGUGUGAAAUAAAAGUAAUUGAUCUCGGAAGCAGUUGUUAGAAAAAUAGUAUAAAUAAUGCGAGUUCAGUCAGAAAAAAUCCCGAGUUUAAUCACAAAUCACCAGACAAACCACCAAAUGCAAGAACAAAUAAAAUAAUAACAACAAUUAGAUAUAAAAUAUUAAUGUAAAAGGUAAAGAAAGAAAGACUUAGCGUAAGAUCGUCCGUUAACCGGACUGGCCUUGAAGAAAGAUAGCCCCCGUAUCUCGAUAGCUACUCGAACGGGACUGGCCAACUCGCUCCCAGGAUAAUCCUACACCGUUUCAGACUUGUAGCUACCUUGACUGAAACCUUCGACCGUUGCCCAAUAUGCCGUAGACUCGUUAAGUAGAUAAAAACUUUAUGAGGAUGCUAUGGAUUUAAUAUGCUCUCGGUACAAGGGUAAAAUCAGUGAAAGAAAAAAAAUGAAGCCUUUUCUAUUCUUCUCAGUGCUCUGUAUUGCGUAAGUAAGCAAAAUGAAUCGGAGUGUAGACUGGCUUUUAUUCAUACGUAUGUGUAUUAACCGAGAGCAUGCAUGUGGAUAGAUUUUUAAAUUUGGAAAUCAAAAUAAAAUAUAUCAAUUUGAGUGCGGUCCUAUCAAUUUGCAUCCACCAUCCAAGAAAUUAGGAUCACAAACAAUAUUGACCAAGCUCACACCUCAUACAUCGGACACUCACUUCAAAAUUUCAAUUUUGAAACUUCCGAAAUAUGUUUAAUAGCCACAUGCGUAUUUAUCAUUAUAAAAUGAUAAAUAAAACAUAAUUUGAACAUUUGUUCUAAAUUAGAUAGGCCACUAGCUUGAAAUUACAUCCCAGACAUUCUUAUUCCGUACUCAUUUAAUUUUAUCUGUACGAAUAAGUGAUUCUCAUAGGAUAAUUUCUAAGCCACUUUAUAUGAUACUUGAAUAACGUUCCUUUAUCAUAUAACAUCUAAAGAAGACCAAUCAUUUUAUAAAUAGAACAAAAAUUCUCAAUACAUCACUUUUACAAUCUUUACAACUAUGGAUUUUAAUCAUUAAAUGAUAUAAAUCCAAACGUAAAAAAUUGUUCUUUGAUGUAUAAUAAGCCACACUCAAUUCAUAUUUUAUACAUAUUAUUUUAGAACUCUAAGAGAACUAAAAACAAUAACAUUUAUAUCAUCAUUUUUCCAACAAUCCCCCACAAAUCCAUAGUUGUAGACUAGACUCUAACAGACAUAGUGUGCUUUCGAAUAUGGUACCUUCCGGUUUGAACCAACUUCUAAGCUUUUAUCCCUAACCCCCACAGGAACUGAGUGAACAGAGUUCUUGAACUCGAACCUUGAUAGUGUUGGCGUGGGAUAAAAGCAACACACUAAUGGCAAUGGCAACGAUCUAUAGGGUUGACGCUUUACGGCCGUGCGUCCCGAUCCUGUCUCAAGAAUGUCAUCGAGAAUUAACCCCUAUUCUCUUAUUGCGGCCACACAAUAACAUUCUCAUAGUUGGG